UUUGUUUUUAGGCUACCAUAUUUCCGAAACCUGUUUGUUCAACGCUGAAAAGGGGUAUAAGCUACCUGGUGGGUUAUAGGGUCACUUUCGGCAGUGUACUUGACAUGCUGUUGAAACCUUCUAUCUGAUCGAGAAUGCACUUAAAACAAAAAUGCUGUGAAAAUGUGAGCUUAAUAUUAUGCACCAUCGUACAUAGCUAUAGUUUCCUUUUCGUUGUAACAAAUUACCCUUGUCCAUCACAUGGUGGCGCACCAUGGCUGACCAGCACAUCCUGACGGGGUGUUUUUUUUUUUUUUGGAUGACAGCCGGAGAUCGAUUAUCCAAAGGGGCAAAAUACAGUUUUGAACGGUGCCAGAAAGGAAUACGGUUACAUGUUGAGCAUGAUGGCUACCUUCAGUUUCUGUACAUUGACUGUGGUAAUGUUUUUUUCGCAGUUCAGUGUAGCCAGAGCAGCAGAGAUCAACAUACUGGAGAACGCCAUAGGACCCCUUCCUAGGAGGAUCGUGCAGAUCCGGUCAGACAGCGAUAAGGAAGCACCGGUUCAGUACCAAAUUCAAGGCCCAGGAGCAGAUCAGCCCCCUGAGAAACUGUUCACCAUCGACAGGAAUACUGGAUGGCUGUACGUGACCAAGCUCCUGGACAGAGAGAAGCAGGACAAGUACACGCUUAAAGCUAUUGUUAAAACUGGAGAUGCUCCAGCUGAGGCCCCCAUGGACAUCAUCAUCAAUGUCAUAGACAUGAAUGACAACAAACCUGUCUUCCCUCCCGAACCCUUCCGAGGAAAUGUCCCUGAAGCUUCCAGUACAGGCUUUGAGUUCAUGAAGGUGGAGGCCACAGAUGCGGAUGAGCCUGGCAAUGCCAACUCGGAAAUCUUCUACACAAUCCUGAGCCAGGACCCCCCUCUACCCAACGCAAACAUGUUUGACAUCAACCCUGCGUCUGGGCAAAUCAGAGUCCAGUCUCAAGGCCUGGACAGAGAGAAAUACCCCAAGUACACGCUGAAGGUCCAGGCUGCUGACAUGAAGGGUUAUGGGCUGAUAGGCAUGGGAGAAGCCAUCAUCACUGUCACCGAUAGCAACGACAACGCACCUCAGUUUGAGCAACCUACCGCCCCCACAGGACUGAAGAAGCCCUGCAUCAUCUCUCCUUUCAACUUCCCUGAGAAUGACAGAGGACCCUUCCCCAAGAUGAUGUUGCAGAUCUGGUCAGACAGCGAUAAGGAAGCCACGCGUCAGUACCAAAUUGAAGGUCCAGGAGCAGAUCAGCCCCCUGAGAAACUGUUCACCAUCAACAGGAAUACUGGAUGGCUGUAUGUGACCAAGCCCCUGGACAGAGAGAAGCAGGACAAGUACACGCUUAAAGUUUUUGCCAAAAUUAGAAAUCGGCCAGCUGAGGCCCCCAUGGACAUCAUCAUCAAUGUCAUAGACCAGAAUGACAACAAACCUGUCUUCCCUCCGGAACCCUUCCUAGGAAAUAUCCCUGAAGCUUCCAGUACAGGCUUUGAGUUCAUGAAGGUGGAGGCAACAGAUGCGGAUGAGCCUGGGAAUGACAACUCAGAAAUCCGCUACAAAAUCCUGAGCCAGGACCCCCCUCUACCCAACCCCAGCAUGUUUGCUAUCAACCCUGUGUCUGGGCACAUCAGAGUCCAGUCUCAAGGCCUGGACAAAGAGAAAUACCCCAGGUACACGCUGGAGGUGGAGGCUGCUGACAUGGAGGGUGAAGGGCUGACAGGCCGGGGAAAAGCCAUCAUCACCGUUCAAUAAAAAUAAUUUAAGCUUUGCUAAGCCACCUAUGUUGGUCUGGUGUGAUUAUGUUAUUUACCCUGCUUGAACAUUAUUGAUUCACAUUUAUCAUUAUUUAGAUAAGAUAUACCGUAGGUUGUAAUAUACUAUAUGAUACUGUAUAAGGGAUUAUGUGGCGUAUAACUAAUGGUAGCUUGGGGUCCUACAUCUGGCAGUAUCCCAGAUGGCAGUUUGGACACUAGAUGGCGUUUGGAUCUCAUUGGAUCCUACCGUACAUUUAGUCAUUAGCAGAGGCUUUUAUCCAGAGCGACUUACAGUAAGUACAGGAACAUUCCC